AUUGCCCCUUCUCACCCUCCUGAGCGCCCACCCUCCGACACAGCAUUCCAGUGUAGCAGAUGAAGGCCAGCCUCCCUCUGUCUCCCCGUGGGUGGAGAGAUUUGCCGUGGUCACAGAGAGGAUCGAGAGAAAGACCUCACUCAUUGAUACUCGAGGAGUGUGAGGAACUGAGGAAGGGGAGAACCACUUAUUCACCAUCAUACACACACACACAGCAGGCUGUGAGCUGGGAUGGUAGCUGAGGAGAUUGUGGUGUCCCUCGCUGGAGGCUCCCCGUGGGGCUUCAGGCUGCAGGGUGGAGCGGAGCAGCAGAAACCUCUUCAGGUGGCUAAGGUACGCCGGCGCAGCAAAGCGUGCAAAGCUGGCCUGAAGGAGCAUGACGAGCUGGUUGCUAUUGGCGACCAUACGUGUGCCGGGCUCAGUCACUCUCAGGCCAUGACCCUUAUAGACACGGAGCUUGCUACGCUCUACCUCAGGGUCAAAAGGGCACCUUCUGGAUUCCACUCCUCUCACUCCUCCGUUAGGGUCCUGUCUCCCCCCGUGGGAGCGUUGCCCGACCAUUGUCCCUCUAUCCUCUCCCCCACCGGGCUAUACAAGGGCAUCACUUCCCCUCCGGACAGCGAGGCUUACUACGGAGAGACGGACAGUGAUGCAGACACACAGUCUCUCACACACCGCCGCCAGCGCCGCACCCCUCCUCACGCACGCUCACCUGCGCGCUAUGACAACCACGAAGAAGAGGAGACCUCAGAGAUGAGUGGGUAUGAGAGCGCCACAGAUGGAGGAGCUUACAUGCAGGGACAGUGGGACUCUCAGUGUCUCCCUGGUGCUCCUCGCAGAGAGCUCAUCUACCAGCCCCCCCAGACCGAGUGGACCACUCCAGCACACACCCCUCACACUCCGACCCCUGAUCAGGGCCUGAUGGAGGCGGAGGGAGAGGUGGACAGUGGGUUCCAGGAGGCAGGGGUCUGCUUUGCCUGCCCACCGCUCGUGUCUCCUGAGCGGGCGAAAGAGGCCCUGAUGUCGGGCUCUGGGAAACACCUGGUGCCCAUGGUGGGACCCCAGCAGACCCCGGUCAGCGACGAGCUCUCCACCACCUACAAGGAAAAAGCACGGCAAGCUAAGUUGCACCGAGGCGAGAGUGUGGUGGAGAAACAGGUGAAAGAAGCUCGCACCAAAUGUCGCUCUAUUGCCUCUUUGCUGACUGAUGCUCCCAACUCCAACUCGAAAGGGGUGCUUAUGUUCAAGAAACGCCGGCAAAGGGCCAAGAAAUACACGUUGACCUGCUUUGGAAAAGCUGAGGGAGAUAGAGGAGGGGAUACAGAAGGAGACACGGGAGGGGAGACAGAGGAAGAAGGAGGAAGCUCCAUACUGAGUGGCUCUGAAGUUGAUGAAGAGGGAUUCUCAGCAUUUGACCCUACCUGGGACACUGGUUAUCUAGACCUGCUGGACAGGAAGAGCUCUGCCUGCCCAUCAACCACACCGACAACUCCAACCAUGCCAACAGCCAAUCACAGCCAAGGGCUGGACAUCUCCGCCUAUUAUACUCCAGAACGUGUGACAUCUGUCAAUCAAAACCCAGGGUUGGAGGUCUCAGGAUUGGAGAGCUCAGCCUAUCACGGUGCAAGGCUGGAGAGCGGCAUUACCAAGCAGCCAAUCAGUAACCACGCUGCACACAUGUGUCCUCCAUCUGUGGCUAUGACCAAUGGGGGGUCAGUAGCUGUUAGUCGGGCUAGUGUCAUUCUGAGCCCAUCUCAGACGCCCUUUCAAAGCCAAAAUGGGCAACAUGGCAACCCUAACCCUUGUCCUAACCCUAAUCUCAGUCCAAGCACAAUGACAGACUCAGACCAACACCUGAAUCCAAAUGUCCUGAACCGCACUGCGCGCCCCUUCACCCCAGGCCCUUCCUCUUCUCGUCCAUCUGUAACCUCUGUGAUGUUCCGCCCUCCCCAACCCAAACCCACAGUUGCCGCCAUGACAAACAAACCAGCGGCGGCCGUCUCCAUGGUAAACCUCCAACCUACUCGGAUUGCACAAGGACCUGAUCCAAGGAGAGCGGUUUCUAGCACUUCUCUGUACAUCCCUGCAAGAAACAACAACAUCCACAGUCCCCCAUCUGUUAACCCUCCUCCCUCCUCUCCACACUUCUCCCAGCCUGCCACAAACCCACCCACAUUUAACCCUCAGCCCGCAGGGAAUGGUUACCCCUCCGCCCCAUUCUCCCCUUCCACAGCUCAGAGUACCCUGUUUUAUCCACCACCUGCUCAACCUUUCUCCCCUCCGGCUCCACAGCCAUAUACUUCUUCUCCUGCUCCUACUUAUCCACCUUCCUCCAGAUACAUCUCUGCCCCUCCCAUCUCCCAACCACAUAACCCUGAUCUGACUCAAGUCUCCUUCCAUGCCCAGCCUACCCCUCCUCCUCCUACUCCUCCAACCCAACCUUCUCAAUAUCCACCUGUCCACCCCUACGUCAACAUGACAGGCUCUGCAAAUCCUGGCCCCCAUGCUGCCAUGGCAACUGUAUCACCUCUGCAAGCUCCUGCCUCUGAUUCUCUGGCGUCACGAGAGGAGCGCAUCGCAGUCCCUGCCGCUCGCACCGGCAUCCUGCAUGAUGCCCGUCGUCGCAGCAGCAACAAGAAGCCAAUGUUCUGUGCAGUCCAGAACAGAGAUGUAUCUCCAAACCCAGACCUGCUGUCGAUGGUCCAGAACAUGGAUGUUCAUUUUGGGAGAGCUCCUGGUGUUGAACCUACAGCUACACCCAGUGGGGAGGCCGGACAUGAGUCAGGGCCAGAGGAGGACUGGCUGAGGCUGGGGGCAGAGGCCUGCAACUUCAUGCAAGCUCAGCGAAGAACCAAGCCACCCCCUGUAGCCCCCAAACCCCAAACCCCUCAGGUGCCACAGCUAGCGGGUAAGGGAGGUGAGCUGUUUGCCCGCAGGCAGAGCAGGAUGGACCGGUACGUUGUGGAGCGAUCUCCCUCUGUUGCUGCAGUGCCUUACUCCCCUGCCCAGACGAGGGAGCCCUCACCAACGCCUUCUCUUCCUUCCACCUGGAAGUACUCCUCCAACAUCCGUGCCCCACCUCCCAUCAACUACAACCCCCUCCUGUCUCCCUCCUGCCCUCUGAAGGCCCAGAAGAAGCCUGUGGUCACAAAGUCUGGGGUGGCUGGAUCUAAAGGACAGAAAAAGGGUCUCAAGUCUAUCGACAUUAUGAGCCACCAACCCUACCAGCUCAACUCUUCCUUGUUCAGCUAUGGCGGUGGGGUUCCCCAGGACACCUCCAACUAUCAGAAGCAGGGAGGAAUGACCAAGGGUCCUCAGAAGACAGCACGAGUAUAUGAGGUGAAGCGCUUUUCCACGCCUCCGCCAACAUCCACAGGGCCUGCUCUCAAAGUGAUUGUACCUCGAUCAGCUACGACACUCGGAGAGCCGAUGUGGCGAUCUGAUGUCACCUCUCCUCCACCCAUUGCUGGCCCAGUCCCCUACCAACCCUAUCAACCUCAAUGCCAAACUUACCAACCUCAGUGGGCCACCUCCCCUUUGUCUCCCCCACCUCCCCCUGCCCCUACAGCUCCACUUCCUCAACUUCCCAACUUCUCAGCUGCUCCUGCUCCAAAUCAAGUACCUACUUUCUGCCACCUUCCACCCUCCAACUCUGCGCAGGCCAACAGGCAGUUUAAAAGUGCACCAGAUUUGAGUCCAAUUGGCCCCAAUGGUUCCUCUCGGCCAGCACCCUGCAGCAAUCUACCUAACAGAGUCCCCAGACCCAGGUUCAGCACUUCAAACAUGGGUCUGCAGCCUAGUGUCUGGCGCCCUGGAUUCACUAUGCACUAAACAGACUCUGGACUGCACAUAAUAAACCAUGGCUCUUUGAGAACAUCUAGCCACAUGUUCUAAAUAGGUCCAUGUAUUUUUAGUAUUGUGACAUUGUUAUUCAGUGCUGCGGCCAGCCACGUUUUAUCACCAGAUCUGUUUGGAUUAGCCACCCAUGUAGCACAUUUUAUCGCACACAUUUAAUCUUGUUUACUUUUUUUUCUGCAAUGCUUUAGCUGUAGCUAGAGGGAACAUUUUUUUUUUUAGCAAAGUCAAUGUAGUGUGGCAACCAGAGAAAAGUAUAAAAAAAAAAGGAGAACAGCAGCUUGAAAGAACAGAAGUAGAUGCUGGGUGAAACUAAAGCAAAGUUCUGUAAAUAUUGUAUUGAAUGAUGAAGAAUUAAGUUUUAACAUAAAAAGAAGAAUAGAGGAUGUGAAACGAUAAAACUGUUGUAAGAGAGACGAGCCAAAGAUGUGAAAAGGAUGGAAAGGAAGCACAGAUGAAGUGACAUUAUAGAAACAUAUUGGGUAUAAAAGGUGUGGAUUUUAUUCAUAACUUCCCAAUCUGCAAAACAUCCUUCAUAAACAUAUCAGAAAAGGUGCUUUAUGAAGAGAUUUGAAGGAGCUACUGCUAAUGUUAUUCCCCCUCUGUUAUAUACAUUUUAAGGAGUUGUGUUUUAUGAUUCUGUGUGCCUUUUUUUUUAGUUGCAAUCUGCAGCAGUGUGUGUUUUGUUUUCUGUAGUUUCUCAUCGGGCGAGGAGCACUGCUGCCACGAAGAAGGGAAGCCUUUUACAGUAGUCUUGAUUUCCGAUAUGUAGAUAUGAAACAAGAGAUGUAUAACAUGUCAGUUUAGCUUUUUUCCACAUACAUGCGGUUGAAUAAAAAUAGACAUGACUCAC